AAUUCUUUUUUAACGUUUCAUUCGAGAACUUUGAGUUUCAAUUGAGUCGACGUCGUGCACGUCAGGGCCAAUAAUACUAGUACCCUACAUAUUGCCCAUGGUAUAACGACACUGAGCCGCCUUCCUCCCAGCUCUCAGCAUUGAUGGACACGUCUGCAUUUAAAAUUCAGUUCAUAGGGUUGACAAUCUCUUUUGUGCAACUAGGUGUUGCUGUCGCCCAGGGGUUCUCUUAUCAUCGAACCUUCCCUCGUGACAAACGGCUGCUCAAGUAUCUUGUUGUCACUGUCUUGACUUUGAAUACCGCCGCGACGCUAUUGACCAGCUUCAUGUACUGGUCGUUUUUCUCCAACUGUUUUCGAAGUAAAUCCCCAAAGUGUCAGGCGUGGGACACGGCGUCGAUGGUUCUUCUCUUCGUGGCUUAUACCGUACCAUUCAUUGUGCAAAGUUUUUAUUGUCACCGUGUGUGGAUAAUCAGCGACAAAAACAUCUACGUCACAAUACCGAUAGUUUUACUCGCAGCUUCGUCUUAUGCGCUCGGUUUGGUACUUAUUCCAUCACAGAAGUCCGGAGCUUUCGCGAGCAAUGCAAUGCUCAAAAUCUCCACCGCAGGAACAUUUCAGAGCGUUGUGUGUGACUCCAUGAUCAGCCUUUCCGUGUACUUUUACCUACGUCCCGGACGAUCUGGUGUCCGGCGCACAGACACCCGUAUCCGGAGCAUAACAAAGAAUUUCAUCAGCAUGGGUUUUUUGACAUGUUUGCUGGCCUUCAGCAUAUGCAUCUUGUACUGGGCAAACUCGUUUGCUGCCAUCGGAGGUGUGGCCAUGGUUCUCAGAAACUCCUAUGCAAAUUCAGUGCUGGCCAUACUUAACGCCAGAAAGCCACUUGCUAGGCAUCAAAGUCUCGAAAUUGAACUUCCAACGAUUACAGUGCGCGGUUCGAGAUAAAGCGGUUCCAAAUUUGUGUUCUUGUGAACAUAAUAGCUACGAGAACAUGCCAUCUUCGUAUGUUCGUUGCGCCCGCAAUGCAUGCCGGUGAAAGUCAAAUACCUAAUACAUAAGUCCCGGGUAAUUUCCCAAAGACUCGCAUAUGCUGCUCUACGCGGCUGUCGGAUAGAGACCCCAGAUGUUUACAUUAUUCUUUUGCAUACAAUGAAUUUCAGAUAAUAUUCAACAUACCCAGGUC